AUGGAUACUGAGCAACUGCUUCACUUGGAUCCCGCUCUCACCUUCAAACAGAAGACUGAGGUUGUACCUGGAGAAGAGCCAGGUGUCAGGGUUGUGUCCCAGAUUUCAGCGAAUUGGCGGCUGGGGACAUUGUAUCAGAUUGCACCAGAUAUUACUUGUAAGGUGAAUAAUUCAUCCACCCCUGCGACCGAUGAGGAGUGUCGGGCAGCUAUAGAACAGAAAUAUCCUCCAAGUGGCAAGGAGAUCCGGAACAUGGUCUCAACCUUUCAGGGUUCAAACUGUCUGUCUACCCUAGAUAUGCAGCAGUCCGACAGCUUUUUGGGGUAUUCUGGUGUGUGGCAAAGUAAAGCCAUACCAAACAAAGUAGUUCUGGUGUAUGACAAGCUUGUUGUUUCAGGAGACAAUACAGUACAUCAAGUCACUGCGGUCAGCCUCACACUCCGGUCCAUUCGGAGGGAUCAAAACUUCAACCCUGCAGGUCUUCCAGAUGAGGAGUUCACAUUUCAGACACCAUAUGCUGUCUACUCACGUGAUAGUGGACUCGUUUUCGCUGGAAGUAAAGAACGUCAAAGAGUAUUGGAACUUGCAGAGCGGUUCUUAAAGCCAAAUGCUCCAGCUGAGUCUAUUGAUGAGCUGGCCUUAGUCGCAGACAACCGUUUCAGCAUGGUGAUAGGACAAGCAGAAUAUGGACCAGCAGUAGUUAUUUCUUUUUAUACUAAAAACUUGGAUAGCGAGAGGAAGGCCUUAAAAGAGUAUCUCACAUCUGUAGGAACAUGCACGGGGGAGGGCAUACAGAGUAAAUGGGGUGACCAUGAAGCUUUAGAGUACAUGGUUUGA